GAGUUAAGUGGUCUCCGAUCCUGCACUCGGUAAAGAGCACUAUACAAAAAUAAAUUAAAUUGAAAUCGACUGAAAUGUGAAUGAACGAAUGAAUACAUGAAUAUGACGACUUGGCUUCAGGUACACGACAAGUAAAAGAGCACAAGAUAAAGAAAAUCAUUCAUGAGACGAUGCCAUUCUUAACUAAAUCCUCGGUGCUGAGCCGCGUGCAAAAGAUGCAAAAAUGCAUCUGCACAGCACAUGAAAGCUACGUACCUGCAAAUGGAGAUAUGCGCCUUGAUGAGCUCCUCUCUGGUCAUUAACUGCACCUACGAGUACCCAGACGGCCUCCCCAUCGUAGCAGAGAAGUGGACGAUGGAUUCGGAGCAGGACGGCGGCCAGAAAGACGUGACGGUCUACGACACCGAGGAGAGCAAAGUGAGCCCGGCAUUCCAGCACCGCGCCGUCUACAUGGGGAGCAACAACAGCGUCUGCUCACUGAGGAUCCGCGACGUGACGAGCAGCGACCGGGGGCGCUACCGAUUCCGCUUUGAGUCGAUCGAGGAGAGAAACAGGUGGACGCAGGUGCCUGAUGUGGUGGUAGAUGUCGCAGAGUCAAUCAAGGCUGAUAUUGUGACCUCAUCAGCCUCCUUAAUCAAAGAAGGGGACAGAGUCGCGUUGGUUUGCAGUUCAAGCUGCAGCCUGGACCAAGUGCCACUGGUCUGGUAUAAAGAUGGAAAAGAAGAGUCGGGAAGAAGAAGCAACGUGCUGUCCUUUGAUCAGAUCUCUUACACCGACGCUGGAGUUUAUUUCUGCGCAGACGUUGACAAUCGAGAGGUCCGCUCUCAGGAAGUGUCGCUGGAGGUGCUCUAUGCGCCGAAGGAGACGGUCGCGUCAGUAAAUCCAGGACACGUCAUCCUGGAGGGGACGCCAUUACACCUGAGUUGCAGCUCUAAAGCGAACCCCCCGUGUAACUACAGCUGGUAUAAAGAAAACGGGGGCGUCAGCAUUGGAAGAGGGUCUGAGCAGAAGCUGAGAAUCGAGACAGCGACCUCCAGUGACAGUGGGGUGUAUUACUGCCAGGCGACAAACGGACACGGACAGGAGACGUCCAGAGGAGUGACGGUGGACGUGACGUAUGCGCCGAGGAGGACACAGGUCAACUCGAGUAUCACUGGAGUCUUAUUAGAAGGGACAUCAGUGACAUUGACUUGUAUGGCCGACGCAAACCCAGAUGGCACCUACGCCUGGUUUAAGGUGAACGGAGACUCAGCUGUGGCAAAGGCGACGGGACAGAGCUGGAACUUCACUGCAGUGACCCCUAGUGACGGAGGAGUGUAUUACUGUGAGGCACGAAACCGACAUGGAGCGGAGAAAUCGAAACGUGUGACUCUGGACGUGCAGUAUGCGCCAAAGAACACGAUGGUCACCUCAAGUGACUCUGGACUUCUAUUAGAAGGGACAUCAGUGACAUUGACUUGUAUGGCCGACGCAAACCCAAAUGGCACCUACGCCUGGUUUAAGGUGAACGGAGACUCAGCUGUGGAGAAGGCGACGGGACAGAGCUGGAACUUCACUGCAGUGACCCCUAGUGACGGCGGAGUGUAUUACUGUGAGGCACGAAACCGACAUGGAGCGGAGAAAUCGAAACGCGUGACUCUGGACGUGCAGUAUGUGCCAAAGAACACAACGGCCACCUCAAGUGUCUCUGAGCUUUUAUUAGAAGGGACAUCAGUGACAUUGACUUGUAUGGCCGACUCAAACCCAGAUGGCACCUACACCUGGUUUAAGGUGAACGGAGACUCAGCUGUGGAGAAGGCGACGGGACAGAGCUGGAACUUCACUGCAGUGACCCCUAGUGACGGCGGAGUGUAUUACUGUGAGGCACGAAACCAACAUGGAGCGGAGAAAUCGAAACGCGUGACUCUGGACGUGCAGUAUGCGCCAAAGAACACGACGGUCACCUCAAGUGUCUCUGGACUUUUGUUAGAAGGGACAUCAGUGACGUUGACUUGUAUGUCCGACGCAAACCCAGAUGGCACCUUCGCCUGGUUUAAGGUGAACGGAGACUCAGCUGUGGAGAAGGCGACGGGACAGAGCUGGAACUUCACUGCAGUGACCCCUAGUGACGGCGGAGUGUAUUACUGUGAGGCACGAAACCAACAUGGAGCGGAGAAAUCGAAACGUGUGACUCUGGACGUGCAGUAUUCUCCAAAGAAGUCCGUCAUGCCCGUCAGCCUCUCUGUCGGCGUGUUAGAAGGAAGUUCGAUGAUGCUGCUCUGCGGACCCACCACCAUCCCUGAUCCCAGCGGCUCCUCGUGGUUUCACCUCACCGGCCGUGGUGUGUCCAGGAGGGCAGACGCAACGCCUUGACCCUCACAUCAGUGACCCCUGCUGACA